AUCCCACGCCGUUUGUAGAGCCAGGGCCGGGAGGGUCAUAAAGUCAAAUUUGCAACAAUUGAGGUUAAAUCUGAAAUUGUGCGCCAAGAGGAGAGCCGUCUGAAUUAUUCAUAUCUGCGCGGAUGCACGUGAGGUCUCCUCAUGCGCCUCCAAAUGACCGUAACAUAUUUAAAUCUGAUGCGUAAAAAGACGCGAUGGAAUCAGAGGGGCCAAUAAGAGUUUAGUGCCACGACUCUAAAAUCUUUUAGUCCUAUACUGUAAAAAUUUUAAAAUGGCUACUAUGAGCUGUGUGAGAUUUACAGUGAGAGCAGUCGAGCCAAAGCAACAAAAAAGAAAAAAAACAUGUGUUUUAUGAGCGCUUCCUGUAACAUCCAGGCUUUUUUCCUGCUUGUUUAGGACUUUACUUACUUCUCUCCAGGAGUGGGGAGUGUUUGCAACUUGGACCAGAAAUAGCACAAGUUGAAAGUUUUGCAUUACGCCGGUGAUGCCUGUGAAGGCUGCAGCUGUGAGCCCCGUGAACCCUGAUGCGUAAAAGGCCAUUUAAUAAACAUCUUUUUGGAGCCGUCACGUCUCAAAAUAUUGACUCAAUUUAUAACCUGCUCUAUGUGACGCUGUCAACGGGGAGAUCUGACCAGUUAAUUCAGAUUAAUGGCGGAGAAACGACUUUGCUCUAAUAGAAAGGUAAAAAAUAAAAAUAAACAAAUGCACAUAACGGUCGUGAGAAAAACGUCAUUAUUUUCGCAGUAAACCACACAUUCUGUGGGACUGAAAUUAACAAUGUUUUUAUUAAAAGACUAAGUUAAGACGUGUUUUAAUAAUAAACACUCAUGAUUGACGCCAAGCUGUCACUGUAUUAUUACCAUGUUCCAAUAGUCAGAUGUGUGUGAUGUAAAAAAAAUGACUUUAAGGUCAGUGUAAACAGAACACCAACAAAAAAAACCGCGUUGGUUUUAACGAGACAUAUUACGUCCAAUCCAAACAAUAUUCGUUUAUAAAAACAGUUUGGUCGCAGAAUAAACUAUACUUCAAACGUACAGACAGUAACGCAGUUAAAGUAGUUGGUAAUAUUCGACGCCACCUUAUAAAGAUUCACUUUUUAAUGUGUUGAAAUUUGUAUUUUUUUUAAACAAAAAUCUUUUAAUUUAGAUUCCAAGCAGUUUAACACACAUUUAUACUAUGAUUCCCAUCUCUGUAUGACAUACAUUUACAGCUACAAGUCAAAUAUUUCUCACUUAGAAAGAAAGUUUCAGGACAUCGUUGUAGUAACCCAUACUUACAGUAGACACGUUUUAAUUUUGGUCAUUAGUCUGCGUCGCCACCGCCUCCUAUGACCCUCAUGUGCUGCCGUCCUGGGUCUACAGCGAAAAAUUACCCCGGAUCAUAACAACAGGUCUCGUCCAUUGCAUUUUUUUUUUCCCCGGGACAAUGGCUGCAGCCUCGCAGCUUCGCCUCGCGGAUCUCCCCCCUGAGCAGCAGAGCUCCGCUGUAGUUUAGUUCACACCGACAGGACACUCGGCUGGACGUAGUGCGUAUAAAUGUGCGGGUAUUUAUCACAGUAUAUAAACAGGGGACUGUUUUAAAAAAAGUCCCACGUGGAGUUUUUUCCUCUUCACGAUCCGAGCGGAUUUUCUCCGCUGGAGCGGAGCUGUACGCUGCGUAAAGGCGCGCGUAAUUAGUGCGUAAACGUCUCUCUGAAUUCAGCUUUUUGUGGCGAAAAUGAAGAUAUCACUGCUUUAUUUAUGAUCCUUAUAACUCUUAUCGUGACAAUAUGCAUACUCUGGGCGAGACAGUGUGCUUUUGUGCCCGCACAAUCGGAGUGGGGGGAAAUUGCUGUUUCAUAGCCGCGCAGUCUUUGUCCGCAGCUACAAAGGAGAGAAAAAGAGACUGUAUAUCUGCAUCAACUUUUUUUUUUACGACUUUUAUCGUACAAUAACCUUUGCAUAACAACUAUUUUUCCCCAGCGUUGCCUGAGGCACUGCGCAGGCGCGCUGGCCGCUCGCUGUCACUAAGACAUUUUUCUUCACGUUGGAAACUGUCACUGGUGACGUCAAUCACGGAGCUCUGACCAAUUAGAGCGCAGGGUGAUUGUUUAGCUCCACGGGCUGCAGCGCCUACCAUGAAUCUCUAUUCAGUAUCAAAGCGUCCUGCUGCUGCCUCUCAACCGAAUGGGAUUCCAUGUUGUCUGCCGAUAGACUUAACUUUAUAAAGUUUUUUUUUUUUUUGCUUCUUGUAUUUUUUCUAUUGCGAUUAAAAUAUAUUUGUCAUCAUCAUUAUUAUUUUGCCUGCUGUCAAGUUAUUCUAAAAUUAGGAAGUAAUGAGCGUGGAUGCACUGGGAAGCCCCGUGAUGGACCCUACGUUUUCCAAACGGAACACGGCGCUGAGAUUAGUUGACUUGGCAGGGGCUCACCACCAUCACCAUCAUCACCACCAUACCCCUCAGAGCGUGACAGGCUUCCCCGGGGUCAGCCGCCCUCCACACUCAAACGCGCACCCUGGGGAGAUUACUGCGGAACCCCGCCUGGGGCCGAGUCCAUUCGGGCCAGAACACAUGGGGCACUCCGCGGCCCUCAAAAUCAGCCCAGCCCAUCAUUAUCCCCACCACCAUCACCACCACCACCACAAUCAUCAUAUGGCAGGCCACAGUGAAGUGGUCUCCAGUCAAACGGGAGCUUUUGGCCCGAUUCAGGCGACGUCGGUCCCUUAUUCUAUGUCGCACACGGCCCAGGCUUUAUCCGCAGGUAGGGAGUUCCUCAUCCGGAGAGAUCUGACGGCUCCAGCCAUGCCAGUGCUCACUGACCAGACCGCUGCUGGUUCAGCCUCUCACCACGGAAUGUUUGUCUCAACAACAGGUAGCUAUCCCGGACACUAUGGUCACCACCCUGACGCUGGAAAUCACAGCCUCUUCUCCGGACUCCAUCACGACCAGCCUUCCAGCGGAUCACCGGGUGGCCAAGCUCUGAAUGGACAAAUAAGGUUAGGACUACCUGGAGAAAUGUAUGUCAGGUCUGAUCACUUGAGUCAAGUGGCAAGCUCCAGGGCUGAUCCCUUCUCCGCCUCGCCGUUACACGGCUACGGUGGGCUGAAUCUGAACAUGAAUCUCGGCGCACACCACCACCACCAUCACCACCACGGAGCCGGAGCCUUUUUCCGCUACAUGAGGCAGCCGAUAAAGCAAGAGCUCAUCUGCAAGUGGAUGGAGCCCGAGCACUCGCCCAAGAAACUUUGCUCCAAAACUUACAGCACCAUGCACGAACUGGUAACGCACGUGACGGUGGAGCACGUCGGAGGACCCGAGCAGGCGAACCACAUAUGCUUCUGGGAAGAGUGUCCGAGGGAAGGGAAACCGUUUAAAGCCAAGUACAAACUGGUGAAUCACAUUCGAGUGCACACCGGGGAGAAACCCUUUCCCUGCCCGUUCCCAGGCUGUGGGAAAGUGUUCGCGAGAUCCGAGAAUCUAAAGAUCCACAAAAGGACGCACACAGGUGAAAAGCCCUUCAAAUGUGAGUUUGACGGCUGCGACCGACGCUUCGCCAACAGCAGUGACCGGAAAAAGCACUCCCACGUCCACACCAGCGAUAAGCCCUACAACUGCAAAGUGAGAGGCUGCGAUAAGUCGUACACACACCCCAGUUCCCUGAGGAAACACAUGAAGGUGCACUGCAAGUCCCCACCUCCCAGCUCGGGCUACGAGUCCUCCACGCCGUCCCUGGUGUCCCCCUCCUCAGACCUGGGCCGCGAGCCAGGUGGCUCCACGGUGCUGUCGGAGCCCGUGGGAUCCUCCUCCCAGCCCACGAAUCUAAGCGAGUGGUACGUGUGCCACAGCUCAGGUGCCAGCGGCGCCCAGACACCACCCAGCGGGGCCUCCACACCCGACCCCACAGACGAGGCAGCUUACAGACACCCAGAACCCAGGGACGCGUUUUAACCCCCUCACCCCCCCCCCAACCCCAUCCCCACUUCCACAGUAAAACAAAUCUGACUUACACUCCUGCGCCAGAACGCAUUUUCACGAGCUGAACUGUUAGAACGGUUUGGCUUCGGUGCCUGUUGCAGGACCGCGGCUCACCCAACACUUUUUUUUGGGUGGAUGUGUGUGUGUGGGGGGGUGGGGGCUGGGGUUGAGCCACCAAACUGACGAAGGGAAGGAAAAUGUGCAAAAACCUUAAAGACGUGCUAAUUCCAGGCACUAUAAAAGAAUAUAUUUUCAAACCUCAGCUUUUACGUCCUGACGGCCCACACUGGUCCACAGAGAGAGAGAGAGAGAGAGAGAGAGAGAGAGGUGUAAAAAUAGAUAAGUGGUGAAUUAUGGUAGGCUUUAGGCACAUUGGUGUAAAAUUAUUUUUUUGUAAAUUCCAUUUUUGACUUCGACAUGUUUUUUUAUUUAUUUUUCAACCGCAAUUUGAAAGAAAGCUCUUUUUUUCUAUUUUCCAACCAAAGUGCAUGUUUUAAUUGGAGCAAAAAUAAUGUACAUUUGUAAAUUUUUGUACAAGUUUCGAUGUGUUGAUGUUGAUAUUUUUUGAGGGGUGGGGGUGGUGGUAAUUAUUUUUUGCCACUAUAUCAGAAUACUCUGGUAUUUGUAAACAAACAAAAAAAAUACAACGUUUUAUGUUUACAGCAAAUUUCUUUCCAUUUGUGCAGAAAGGACGGUGCAGCCGUGGAAUAUUAAUGUUUAUCAAACGUGGGCAUUUUGUGGUUUUUGUAUCAUUGUCGUCAUUUUUGUUUCCGUUCUUUUUUCUUUUUUUUUUUGCUCCAUAUUUUCAAUAACUGAAAUCGAGCGGCACUCAAACUGCGUACCGAAAUGCCUUGUACUUUGUGAGUAUUUUGAAUAAAUCUUGUAUGAGAAAAUGAAAAAUAAUACAGAGCCGUGGGAGAGUUUGUAAAAAAGGUGCAAUAAUAAUAAUAAUAAUAAUUAGAAUUAAUAAUUUAGAACGCAUUGCUACGAAAGAAUUUAUUUUUUACGCACGAUUCUGCGUAAAAACUGUUUGAUUUGAUUUUAAAGACGGCACCAGUUUAAAACAUUUUUUUUUAUAAACUUUUAAAAAAAAUUUUUUAUUUUUUUUACAUUUUUCCCCAAUUGUUUCUUGGUAAAUGACUUCGCUUUUCUCAGCUGGGCUGUACUUUGAUGCCGACGUGGCCACGGUUUGAUGAAAGGGCAACAAUAUUCUGAUCCAGACUUCAAAGAGCCUCCGUACAAAGAGCCAUUUUUUUCUCCUACGACGGUGAAUCCUCAUGGUGAAUUAAGAUUUCUAAAGCAAUAGCCAAGUCAAACUCAAAUGAUAUGGGGCCAUGUCCGUGGACUCAAAAGCCCCGCUCCAAAGAAUGUAAUAUUUGCUGCCCAUGGGGUCGGAAACGGUAAUCUAUGUCCUUUAUACGGGAGACGAGGGCAGAAUAAAGAGGAAAAAUAGAUUCUUUUGCUGCAGGCCUUACUUUACCACAAUCAAAGGAGACGCCGCAGCAAACGCACUUGUCACACAGUCAUAAUGGACCCGGAGUGAGCUGCUCAAUGGCUCAAAUUUAACCAUAAUCAUAUUUUUGCAACCUCUGUACAUAUCACAUAUAAAACCAUUAGAGCCUGGCUGCACGUCACGACAACACGGUGUCGUUGUAGAUACUUUAUUUCAAUUACAAGGAGGCAUUAAAGACAAGCAGGGCAAUCUCUGUGCUACACACACACACACACACAGCGCUGAAGGUACAAGUGGGUGGAAACUACGCCGCUACAACUAUUUCCCGAUGCGUUUAUAGAGUUUGGUUGAGUGCAUGACAGUUCGAAGAGGCCCAGCUGAAGGCAGAGAAUAAACACUAAAGCAGGGAGACCGAGGGGGAGAAAAAGAGGAGACGCUGAUGAUGCCUCUUUUGGCACCAGCUCUUGUGCGUAAAAGGGAGGAGAGAAGAAAGGGGAAGAAAAGAAGGGAAGGGAAAGGGGGAAAAACAACAAGAUAGUUGGAUCUCAAUUGGAAGUGGGAGUCUUUGAAGUGGAACCUAAUAUCAGAGGGAUUCUUCUGGGUCGUCUGAACAACGUUGAUGACACGGAAAGCCUUUUGUCACCGAUUUGUUGGGGUCCUCUCUAUUUGGCCGUCUGGAGCUUUUAGUUCCAGCCGUCCAAAUGGACAAGGACUAAGUGAGUCGCGUUUACAAAAAAAAAAAAAAAACAUUUUCCAUUUAGCGCUGAGACUCGAGUGGGAAAAACACACACACACAAACGAAAAGAAAACACAAGAGCUAAAACACAAAACUCCGUGCGUAAAUUACGCGCGGUGCUGCGUUAUUCUGUGCCAAAAAAACAUAUUCGGAAUUUGAAUUCACCACAAAGAAAAGUGGCCAGGAAUGCUGUGUAAGAGCUGCACAAGUGCGCGCGCCUGCGCCGCGGUAGCUUUAGUGACCUUUACGCCUAAUAAUUUAUGGCUUUGACCAAAUAUAAACACGCCGUAAUAAGUCAGAAACAGAGCUGUGGCGCGGCCUGCAGAUCGGCUGGAUCCAACGACUGUACAUAAAAAAGUGGUGGGCGAGGGAACAGGCGAGCUUUUACCACAGCAGAUAAAAUGUGACGACUGUUUGCUCGAUUGUAAAAAGUUAAAUUCCCGGCGUGCGGACACUGGAUACCACAGGCUGCCUGGAAAUGUGUACGAGCGUGUACGAGUGUGUACGAGUGUGUACUCUCUCUUUUUUUUUUCUUUAAACAACUGAUCCUGUUGGCUUUCAGCUCAUCUGGGGGCUUCUCACCUUCAGCUGAGUGACAAUAGCUGAUCUGAUCUGAGCCAGAGGAUCAAGACGAGGUGUGUGUGUGUGUGUGUGUGUUCAUUUUAAAGAGAGAAUGUAGAGGUGCAGCCUCACAGGAAAACACAUAUUCCACCUUCAUCACAGUCUAGAUGUGUUUCAAAGAGGACGGAUCUGGAGGCUUUGAGCUGCUAAAGUGCAACAAUAAUUAAAAAGAAGAAGAAGAAGAAAAAAACCCUUUCUUUUUUUUCUUCUUCUUCUCCCCUCUGUCAGGCCCUCUCACCUCCGCCGCUGCAGCCUUUGGCUCAUUUGAGUGUGAAAUAUCAUUUCUUUUGCGGAAUAAUGGAGGCGGUAAUCCCACUUCCGGAAAUUGUCCGGCAUUAUUGAACAAAGCCCUUUUAAUAGGGGGAUUAGCAGUCUAGGAGUAAAAAGCCUCACUCACUCAC